AUGGAUGUGGAGGUUCAGCAAGAGCCGGUGAAUGUGGCGGCUGCGGCACCAGCAUGGCUUGCGGCAACAGCUUCGCAGGCAGUGGCUGCAGUGGUUGCGGUGCCGGAGCUUGUGGAGCAUGUGGAUGCAGUGCGGGCGGUUGUGGUUCGUGUGGUUGUGGUGCAGGUGGUUGCAGCGCGGGCGCGUGUGGUGCGGGCGGUUGUGCGGCCGGAAGUUGUGCCGUUGCCGGCUGUGCUGGGUGUGCCUCGGGCGGUGGGGCGGCUGGUUGUGCAGGAGGAUCUUCUGGCGGUUGUGGCGCAGAUGGCUGUGGCAUGGGUCCUUGUGGCGGCUGUGGUGUCGGCAACUGUGGAGCAGCUGGUUGUUCAGGAUGCGGCAGCAUGGGAUGCGGCUGUGCGAGCGGUGGUUGCAGCAGUUGUUGUGGCGGUGGUGGCUGUGUCCCUGCCGGCGGCUGUGGCAGUGGGGCUUGUGGCAACAACAGCGGCUGCGGUGGCGGAGGCGGCUGUGCCUGUUUGGCCGGCUGCCCCCAAAAUCCCUCUGCCUGUUCGGGGUGUUGUGGAGUUUGCAAUGGCGGAGGUGGCUCCGCCAAUGCGCCCAUGCAAACGCUAG